CUAACCAUGGACGGAAGGAACCGAAUUAUGCCAACCAGUUUGAUCUUGGAAAAACUAUAAGAGAAAUUCAUUCCCUGUGAUUUGUAUGACGCAAUUCACCAUCCAUAAUUUGAGCUCUUCAUUGAUUGUCUACUGGUUGCUGGACUGUUACCAAUGGCGGAAAAUAGCAAGAAACAGGCUGGGAAAGAGUGGGAAAUAGAGGUAGCAGAUUCAGAACAACGCUACUCAUGGUUUGAUGAUGUGAAGGGCAGGUUUGAAUUUCACAGGACCGAAGACGAUAAGCCAAGAAAGCUUUCUUGCGUGUCCAUAAACAAAGUGCCUAUGUAUCUCAAGGACUUAAACAGAGGUGCCUAUCUGCCUCGGGUGGUCUCUUUUGGCCUUUUCCAUCACAGGAUGUCUCAACCACUCUCUGAAAUAGAGUUACACAAAGUAGAGGCCGUAAAUCGAUCAGCUGAAAGGCUCCCACCAAACCAGCAGCACGCACGCUUUCUAGUGGAAAAAGUGCAGAGCUUGCUUCCAGAAAUUACAGCAAACUACGAAGGAAAAGCAGAGUGUGAGGAAGAAAUUCUUGCGUGGCUCUUCACUCUGGACGGAUGCUUCAUUCUAGAGACUCUCAGGCUACUCAGUGAUGAAUCACAAAGGAAUCUCAACGGCGAUUCACAAUGGAACCUGGAUCCUGUUUUUAACAGAAACAGGGUCCGUUCUAUUCAAUUCGAUAUCCUAACUGAACUUCUGUUGCUUGAAAAUCCGGUCCCCAUAAUCCUUCUCCUUGGGCUAUUGGAAAUGGAGAACAAUUGCACUGAAGAAAAGGCGAGGAUAGAGCUGCUUAGAAUGAUAUGCGAUGGUAUAAUUGCCUUGGCUCACCCUUUCUCAUAUUCUCUGCAGCCAAAAACAGGGGAGCAACCUACAGAGCACAAAGAACGCGAGGCAAAAUUGAAAGAAGCCCUGCAGUUGAAGUACAAAAAUAUGAAGGAAUACAACCACAUUUUGGGAUUUUUUCAUGAUUUCAUUGUGAAUGAGUCCGAGAGUACCCAUGAAGGAGAAAAGGCAGGGGAUGUUCAUAUUACACUUCAAGAAGACCGCCAUCAUCAUUAUCUUCGUGAUCUUCAUCGUCAUAGAACAGCUCAUAAACCUAAGAAGGAGUCUCAUUAUCAAUGCCUCAUGGCUUCUGCAACAGAGUUACACAAUAAUGGGAUGAAGUUUAAGUCGUACGAGAGAGUUCCGUCCGCCAUGUCCCUCCGUUUCGACAAACAGAAAAAGACUUUGUUUCUCCCUGUGAUAUGGGUUUCUGAUGCUACAGAUUUGAUCUUCAGGAACCUGAUGGCUGUGGACGUCUGCCAAGAAAAAGAGCUCACCAUUAUUUCAGAGUAUGUGUUUCUAAUGAAUAGUUUGAUCCAGUCUGAGGAGGACGUGGCUUUGCUGAGGAAGAAGGGAAUAAUUCAGAGCUCCAUUGGAACUGAUGAGGAAGCGAGUGAGCUGUUCACUGGUCUUUGCAAAGGGGUUAACUUCACUUUCGCUGAUGAAGAUAAGUUUAUGGGUUUGAAGGUUGCUGUCAACGAAUGGUACAAAAACCGAACUCUGGUGAGAAUUAAUGACUUCAUGCAGAAGAAUCCAAAGCUUGUGAAAUUUUUCACACUGUUUUGGGGGGUGGUUCUUGUCCUGGUAGCCGCAGCACCCUCAUCUGUGCAGAUAAUUAAACAAUUUUAGUCAAACAAGCAAGAAGAAUUAAUAGCUGAGUGAUUAAGAGAAGCCGACAUAGGUUAUAAAUAUGAAUGUUACACUGAAAAGUGUGUCUAUGAUGUAGUUCUUAAUUGGUUAAGCUGAUAGUAA